CCAACUUAGCCAACUUAGCUUAGCAGCCAAAUUCUCAUUAUUCUCAUCCCUCCUCCUUUCCAAUUUGUACCCAGAAAGAAAGAAAAAGUAAAAAGCAAAAAAAAAUACUCCUAUACAUUCUACACUGCAGACCACCAUCAUUUUUUAGCGUCCAUCGACCAAAUGGAAAGCAGCAGCAGCCCAGCAUCACUCUCCAUCGAGAGCUUUUCGCAUAGUUGGCUAAUGAACUUAAAGCCAUCUUCGUCUGAAAGCUGCCUGGACUACAGGUCAUCCUGCAGCACCUCCUUUGAUGCCUCCGACGAAGCUUCCUUCAUUGAGAUGGACCCCAAAAUGCCUCCCUCCAGGAGGUUCUCCCGGGUCCCAAAAGAUUUCAGCUUCGAUUUUCGCAACUCACCAGCCCCUCUAACGCUUGCCGAUGCCGAGGACCUCAUCUCGGCCGAUGGAUUCCUCAUGCCACUUUUCGGCAACCGACCGGUGAUCAUGAGCGAUGAAGGUACUCAUGAAUCCUCGUCGUCGCCGGCGUUCAUUGUUUCUUCGCUGAAUGAUAAAGAAGCAGUGCGUUCUUCCAGCAGGGUUCGAUGUUCGUCGUUGAGGAGGUGUAAGAGAUUAUCCAAGAGGAUUUUUCAGAAGUAUAUGGACUUUCUUAGGCCGCUUUGCCAGAAACUAAGAGGGCACAGAUCAGGUUCUUCCAGAGUUGCGAGCAUUAGUUCAUCAGGAGGGUGCGAAAAUGAAGGGAAGAACGCGGAGUUUUAUUCCCCUGCAACAUCUCCCAGGACUAGUGUUGCAUGGUCCGCUGACAACUGGCGUAGAUCUUGUGAUUCUGAGAGCUCCAUUUACGAGGCAGUCCUCCAUUGCAAACGAACUCACCAUGGCAAAUGAGAAAGGAUGAGGCUGUUGUGAAAAGAUAAAAAUGAAAAAGAAAAGAAGGAGAAAAGGACAGCUGCAGAAUGUGACACAAGAGAGAAGAGCGGUCUCGAGGAGAUGAUGAUCAUCCGCCACCCGUUCCUUGUCCCUAGCCUGCUUCCUUUUACUUUUCUCCGGCAGGGAUGGCAUUUUUCAUUUGUCUUGUUGGGUGGAAGUUAGAGAAAUUGUGUGGAGAUUGUCAACCAUAGAAAUUCAAUGGCAUUUGAGCGACGGAGAAGAUAUGCACUAGUGUUAGUGCAUGAUCUUCCUAUUGGUUGUCCCAUUUGCCGUCAGUCCAUCUAAGAAACAAUACGCAAUAUCUGAAGAGAACUUCUUUUCUUCUGUUUUGAAUUCUAGCUAGCACUAGUAACUAUAGUUUCUAGUUAAUUUUCUCAUUGUAAUCUCCAUCAACCAUAUGGUUUUACGUACAUAUAGUAGUGGCAUCUCAGCUAUUAUUUUUUGACCUCA